GGGGGAAGUUGCGUGGGAGUUGAUACCUACCCCGGACGCGUGGCGUGGUGUCAACAGCGUAUCCGUUACAUGGGAAACCCAGGUUUAGCUGCUGGCAACGUUUCUCUUAACUUUGGACACAGCCACGGGUAUAAAGGGCGCACUAACACUUGGAGCGCCUAAAAAGCUUUUUCGCCUAUGCGCACAGCAAAGUGAAUCUUGCUGCAACUGAAGCUCCGGUAGCUACUCUUCGAAUCAUGAAGGUCCUUGCCGUCUCGAUUGCCUUUUUGCUGAUCGCUGGUCUGAUCAGUACAACGCUGGCAGAAAAUGAUGGAGAAGAAAAAGAGCUCGUUCGAGUUCGCCGCGGUGGUUAUUACUGCCCAUUCCGGCAAGAUAAAUGCCACCGUCACUGCAGGAGCAUCGGGCGAAAAGCAGGCUACUGCGGAAAUUUUCUGAAAAGGACCUGCAUCUGUGUCAAGAAAUAGGUUCCAAAUCAAAGAGGAUUACGUCAAUUGACGCAGCAGAAUAAAGUGCAUUUCUACAGUCUCUUCAAUGCAACGCAUGCGCUGGACUCGACGGAGAAAACUUUCAUUCGACGUACACGGAGAAGACAACUGAAUUCACGUUUGACAGCGCGGACAAGAACACUGUUAUUUCUUGAGCUAUAUGAAAGUUAUAAAUAAAGCAAAG